AUGGCGCAUUCGACGAAUUAUGUACCGAUCCUUUCGCUUUCAUCGAUCUCUGAAAUAUACCCUCCUCUCGAUGUCAACGCCCAGAGUGACCGUUGCAGAGCCCUAAUCGAGACCUUUCGUUCGGUUUACCCCAAUCGUUCCCCAAAGUUCAUUUCUAGGGCUCCCGGACGGGUUAAUCUAAUCGGCGAGCACAUCGAUUACGCGGGUUUUGGAGUCCUCCCGAUGGCCCUUAGUCGUGACAUCUUGAUCGCGGUGGAUGUGUCGGAUGAUGAUGAGGAUAGGAGAGUUCGGAUUGCAAAUGUCAAUGGGGAAAAGUACAAGCCCAGCAGUUGGGAAUUCGAGGGGAAAGAAAAAAUUGUGGAAAUAAUAGUCGAGGAAGGGGUAUCCGUUUGGUGCAAUUACUUCAGGUGUGGUUAUAAGGGUAUACUUCAAUACCUCGGCAUAGACAAUCCCAAGGGAAUGUAUUGUUUGGUGGACGGGACGGUGCCGAGCGGGGCUGGAUUGUCCAGCUCUUCGGCAUUUGUGUGCAGCGUCGCCUUAGCAACGUCCCUUGCUAAUAACGCAAAUCUGACGAAAAAGCAAAUCACCGAGAUUUCCAUUGAAAGCGAGAGGCUUUGCGGAAUGAACACGGGGGGAAUGGAUCAGACGGCCUCGAUCUUUUCACAAAAGGGGCACGCGCUCUACAUUCAAUUCUUACCCUCUCUCAAUGCGACGCCGGUAAGACUGCCCUCCAUCGAUCCUCCAAUCGCAUUCGUUAUAGCCAACUCUCUUGUAACGGCCGACAAAGUAGUCACGGCUCCGAUUCACUACAACCUGCGUGUGAUCGAAACAAAAUUGGCGGCUUACGAUUUGGGCAAAACUUUGUUCGGAAAGGAGUGUGAGAAUCUGAAGCAAGUUUGCGAUUUGCAUUCCGAGACCAGCGAGGUGAAAGUCUCCCAUCUCGAAUUUCUCUCGGAAUUUGUGGAGAAUCACUACUCUGAGCCAAAUAAGCGAGAAGGCCAUUCUCUGGAUGAAUUGGCCGAGCUGUUGAAUUUGUCAAAGUCGGAAAUUCACGCAAAGUUUUUAUCGAAAUUUCCGGUGAGAGCUGAGAGGUUUCAUCUGUACAAACGAUCGAAGCACGUGUUCGAUGAAGCCCUGAGAGUGUUGAGGUUUCACGAGAUUUGUCUUGCGAGCGAGAAAAGUAAUGUCGGAGAUCGAGAAGUGAAGGAAAAUGAUGUUGGUGGACAAGAGACAUUUGAAAAUUUGGGAAGAUUGAUGAAUCAGAGUCAUGAGAGCUGCAAGAAAUUGUUCGAUUGUUCGUGUGAUGAGUUGGAUAAGCUGGUCAGAAUUUGCUUGGAUGGCGGUGCUGUUGGAAGUCGACUUACCGGGGCCGGUUGGGGUGGUUGCACCGUUUCACUAAUUCGCGAAGAUCAGAUCGAACCCUUUAUUCAACAUGUCAUUGCCAAUUACUAUAAACCUUUGUUCCCCCACUUGACCAAAAAACAAUUGAAUGAUGCCAUCUUUGCGACUCGGCCGGGCAGUGGGGCUGCCAUUAUCGUGGGGUUGGAGGGUGCCGUUGUUCAAUAG